UUGGCUGAAUAAACGUUUAAAAAUGGCGGGCCGGUUGGCGGCAAGGGCAAGAGAAACUUGUUGAACCAAACAUUGUUCGAAGUUAACUUGUUUACCAGCUGCCCACUUGCACCGAAGUCAUCUCUGACAGGUUGGCGCCCGCGCGUAACCAAUGGCAACCCCGAAAGAACGAGCGGUGACUUCCAAGUCGCUCAUCCUGCUGCUUCAGGCCUUGGAAGGACGAACCACGACGGUGGAACUCCGCAAUGAGAUAGUCGUACACGGGACUGUCGAAAAAGUCGACAGCUGCAUGAACGUGGACAUGGCGAACGUCAUGCUGACCGUGCCCACCUCUAGCGAUGCAGCGUCGCCCGUCGGCCGCUUCGAGCAGUUCCACAUUCAGGGCCGCCAGGUGCGGUACGUUCACGUCCCAGACGACGUGGACAUGAUGGCCGCCCUGAAGCAGAAACUGGAGGAGCUACAGGGCAGCCGGGGCCAAAGCGACAGCAAGCCCUCAGGAAUGCUGCUGCUCAAGACCCGCCAGCUGCGCGAGAAGAUCCUCAGGCGGAAGGAGGGGAGCCUGCUGGGCAGGGGAAGGCCCCGCCAGCCAUAGUGGACCAAUAAGGCCUACAACACAAGGCCUUCCCCCCCCCCCCCC